GUCGUCGACCACUUUUCGCCAACGAGAGAGCGUUGCAAUGAUGCCAACAGAAACCCCACGGACGAGCGACUGCAGACAAGAUCCGCCUUGGUACGACCGUCCUCUUCCCGGGCAAGGUCUCUUAGCUCCUGCUUCUUACUCUUCCUUCAAUCCUUCAAGCAUUUGUGGAGCGCGCCUUCCUCUAGCAUACUUCGGACGGACCUAAACGUUGCUUGUUGCUGCGAGGGCGAGGGUCGUUUCCUUAGCUUUAUCGACAACUCUUACAGCCUGGUUCAUUGUAGACAAUAUAUGAUAGAAAAACUUCAGAUAUGACUCUUAGCCGCGAACCCAUCGCGCCCGGAUCAAUGCCGUCUCAUGAAGCCACAGCAACAAGUUCUCAAGCCUCUAGCAUAUCGAAUAGGGAUGUCGAAAAGGAUCCGAUCGACGUCGAUCUACCAGCAGCCGAAUACUCUUCCUCGGAGCAAGGCGCGCCAGAUAUCUCAGAAAAGCCCACCGACUAUGGCGACAACGAGGUUGCAGUACCAGUUUCGUCCCAGCCGGCCAAUCCUUUGGAGCCUUCAGCCUUCCCAGAAGGAGGACUAAAGGCGUGGACCGUUGUAGCUGGAGCCGUGUGUUGUCUUUUCGUCAGUUUCGGCUGGAUCAAUUGCAUUGGUGUCUUCCAAACAUACUACGAAACGCAUCAAUUGAAGGAAUACUCCUCGCAAGAAGUUGCAUGGAUUCCGUCAAUGGAAUCUUUUAUGAUGUUCUUCGGUGGAGUGUGGGUAGGACGAUUAUAUGACAACUACGGCCCACGCUAUCUCAUUCUGGCAGGCAUGUUCUUCCACGUUUUUGGGUUGAUGAUGGCUUCCAUCUCCAAAGAGUACUACCAAUUCUUCCUUGCGCAAGGCGUGUGUUCGGCCCUCGGUUGCUCAUUGUUCUUCUACCCUGCCAUGUCCGCCGUCACGACAUGGUUCUUCAAGAAACGUGCUCUAGCCUUGGGGGUCACCGCAUCAGGAUCCUCACUGGGAGGUGUCAUUUUCCCGAUCAUGGUUGAAAAGCUCAUUCCACAAGUCGGCUUCGGUUGGACCAUGCGUAUCUGCGCGUUCCUAAUCUUGGGCCUGGGAAGUAUCGCCUGUUUGACGGUCGUUAGCCGCAUUCCGCCGCGCCCUAAACCGGUCAAGGCCAUGGACUUUUUUCGCCCGUUCACCGAACCAACUUUUGCGAUACUGGCCUUUGGCACAUUCCUUACGUGGCUUGGGCUCUUCGUCCCAUUCACAUUCAUCAUCCUGGCCAGUCGGGCACACCACGUUCCCAACUCCCUUGCCACAUACCUCGUCGCGAUCAUGAACGGUGCCAGCACGUUCGGUAGAACCAUCCCGCCCUUCCUUGCCGAUCGGGUCGGCCGCUUCAAUGUGUUUCUGUCAAUGUCCUUUCUGUCAUCUGUCAUCACAUUGGCAUUGUGGGUGCCUAGUAGCGGCACCGCUGCGACGGUCGUGUACUCUUGUAUAUUUGGCUUCAGUUCGGGUGCUGUCGCCAGUAUACUUCCUGCGGUGAUCGCGCAGAUCUCGAACAUUCACGAGAUCGGGGUGCGGACGGGCGCGCUGUUCAGUGUCGCGGCUGUGGCGACGUUGAUUGGGAGUCCGAUUGCCGGUCAGAUUAUUGCGAAUGACGGAUACAGGAGCAUGCAAGGGUUUGGAGGGGCGAUAUUGGCAGGUGGCACGGUGGUAUAUGUUGUGCUUUGGGUGCGGUUGGGUGGAUUGAAGGGGAAGAAAGUGUAAUACAAUUCGCAAGCUUCGCUCGGGAAAAGCAUGGGUCAACGGAUACUGUAUAGUCAACAAUUGAGUCGGGCGUAUCAUUUGAUGGCAGCGAUGCAUUGCGUGGAGGUUUAUCCUCAAGGGAACAUUUGCAUCGGCUCCAGGGCACACAUGGUUUGUGCAGCGACAUUGUUUCACAGGAGCGGUGCCGAAAAGAACAGAAUUGCAUAAAAUGGAAGGCUAGUAGGCACAUGUUCAGGAGGCCAGACAUAGAUCGGUAACGUGGGC